AUGAUUCGCCCCAAGACCUAUCAAUUUCUGGUCGGCGUUUUUGCCGCCCUUGGAUCUUUCAACUACGGUUACGAUCUCGGUGUCAUCGGAGGCAGUGUAGCUUCAUCUUCCUUCAUAGCACAAUUUCAUCCGGAGGCAAAAGAGACUGGUGCAAUCGUGGCCCUCUUCACCGGGGGUGGAUUCUUCGGUGCAGCCGCUGCUGGUCCAAUCGGCGAUUGGCUGGGCCGAAGAGUCGCUAUCAUCAUAGGGGCCAUCAUCUUCUGUCUUGGUGGUGCUUUGCAGGUCGUGGGACAAACCCUGGCCUUUUUCUAUGCGGGUCGAGCUAUUGGUGGCCUUGGCGUUGGUGUCCUGGUUAUGAUUGUGCCAAUCUAUCAAGCAGAAAUUGCCCAUCCUUCCAUUCGUGGUCGCGUUACUGGAUUGCAGCAACUGAUGCUUGGUAUCGGGGCAGUUCUUGCGACAUGGACUGUCUAUGGCACCAAUCUGCAUUAUUCUACAAGCGAGCAGUGGCGCAUCCCACUCGGUCUCCAGAUCAUUCCUGCUGGUAUUCUUGGGCUUAUGAUACUUCUAUUCCCAGAAUCCCCUCGAUGGCUGAUUGACCACGGCAAGGAGCGAGAGGGGCUAAGAACGAUUGCCAAACUUCAUGCCAACGGGAAUGAGAGUGAUCCUUGGGUUCAUGCCGAAUAUCUCCAGAUCCAAUCAGCCAUUGCUCAGGAGCACGAACUUCAAGCGAAAGGCUACGUCGAUCUAUUCAAAAAUCCUUCGAGUCUCCACCGGUUGUUCCUAGUAACAGCGCUUCAAGCCUCCGUUCAGAUGACUGGAGUCUCGGCUAUUCAGUAUUUUACGCCCCAAAUAUAUGCUACGAUCAAUAUUGGAUUGGAAGACUCGCUAAGAUAUCAAGCCAUCAGCAACGUGCUCUCAGUGAUUGCCCAACUUUGUACCGUACUAUUCAUCGACAAGAUCGGUAGACGUUGGCCUUUGAUUAUUGGAAAUGGAAUGAACUGCGUUUGCUUCAUCAUUGUCACUGCAGCCAUUGCCAGCUUUCCCAACGCAUCUUCUUCGGCCCAGAACUCACUCGGAUGGCUCUUCAUUGUCAUCAAUUGGUGCUAUCAAGUCAGCUUUUCCUUUACCUGCGGUUCCCUGUCCUGGAUUAUUCCAGCCGAGGUCUUUGAUACCAAAACCCGUUCCAAGGGCGUUUCAAUCGGUGUUAUGACAUCCUUUGCUUUCAACACCAUGAUUGCACAGAUCACGGCACCUGCAAUCAAAAACAUUGGGUGGAAAUAUUUCCUUCUAUUCGUGGUGUGCAAUUUCACCAAUUCUAUAUUUUUCUGGGCUUUCAUGCCAGAGACAAGAUUACUUCCGCUCGAAGAAAUGGACGCCUUAUUUUCGGGCAAAUCUUGGUUUGUGCCAAAUAUGGAAACGAAGCGUACAACUGAUUUGGACGCCAGAAUUCAGGAGAAGAAAGUAGAGAAGGAGAUGAUGGCUCAGACGAUCUAA